UAAAGCGCUCUUGUACGAAGUAUUUUAUUUUAUUUUUAAUAUUUAUGGUCAUGGCGGGAACAAUAACGGAGCUGUACGAACUGUUGUUCACGCCGGAAGAAGCUGGAUUCUAUGUUGUGGACUUUUUUUAACUAAAUAACUGGAGCUGUGAAGUUUUUCUGGAUGUUUUCCUGGAUUCUGGAGCUGCAGAACCGGACCGUGAGCCGGAGUGGACAUUUGGACCGGAGUUGGAGCGGUUUUGUUGCCGGACCGUUAAUCCCCGGUGGGAUUGGCUGAAUGAAAUCUUUGAACGAUGCAGAACGUCUCUUCACAGCAGCACUUUAUCCUGAACGGUUUUGCAGAACUGGGCGACCUGAGGCCGGUCCUCUUCGUCCCGUUCCUCCUCAUGUUCAUCGUGGCUCUGCUGGCCAACUCCCUGCUGGUUUAUGUUGUCGUUUCUCAGAGGAGCCUUCAUCAGCCAAUGAGCAUCCUCAUCGCCGGCAUGGCUUGUGUCGACCUCUGCCUCCCGGUGUUCUUUGUUCCCAACAUGUUGCUCAGCUUCCUGUUUGACUGGAAGGGAAUCUCUCUGAUUGGCUGCCUGGUUCAGAUGCACUUCAUUCACUUCUUUGGAACGUUUCAGUCCACCAUCCUGGUGUGGAUGGCUCUGGAUCGAUACUUUGCCAUUUGUACGCCACUCCACUACCAUGAACUGAUGGCGCUGCAGAGAUUCCUGAAGUUUAUCGUCCCGCUGGUUGUCAGAAACAUGCUGCUCAUCUCUCUGUUUGUGAGUUUGGCAGGAAAGCUGUCGUUCUGCAGGAAUGUGAUGAACCACUGUUUCUGUGAGCACAUGGCCUUGGUGGAGCUGGCCUGUGGAUCCACCGCCAUCAACAACCUUGUAGGUCUGAUUACUGUCUUCCUCAUCCCUGUCUUUGACUUCUUAUUUAUCGCAGCAUCUUACAUUCUGAUAAUCAGCACCAUGUUGAGGUCCAGCAGCUCCGGUGUGAAAGCAUUACACACCUGCAUCACUCACAUCAUGGUCCUCACCUUCAGUCUGACCUUGGCUCUAAUUGCUUUCCUGUCAUAUCGAGUUAAAAGCGGAUUCCCUGCAGCCGUCCGAGUUUUCUUCAGCACCAUGUACCUGUUGUUCCCGAGCUGCUUCAACCCGAUCAUCUACGGCGUCAGAACCACUGAGAUCAGGCAGCACAUUCUGAACACGCUGACGCACUGGAAACAAUUCGUCCAGGUCCUUCCCUACUAGGCCUGUCACG